UAUAUUAACCUAUAACUCCUUCUUUUUCAGGUUAAAUCAAUGUUCAAAUUAUGGAUUCAACAGACAAGACAUUUACUGCUACAUGUACACAGGAAAGCAAUUUGCAUUUUUAUAAUUUUAUGUAUUGUUACUGUGAUUUCUUUGAUACAUCAAUGGAAUUUCAAGUCCCAACACAUAUUACAACAUCUAUAUUUCAACUACAAUUUAGAUAUAGAAGAACCAGUAAAUCCAAACCAAACAUGUGUUUUGCCAAGAAUUCAUCCUUUUGAUAAUUCAAUAUGGCCUUAUAUAACAAGUUCAAGACCCAUUAAAUGUAGAACUGGCGUAGGUUAUUUUACUUUUGUAGACAAGUCGGGCCUUCUGCAAUACAAUCAUACGGCGAUUGUCAAUGCAAAUUAUAAGAAUAUUCAUUGUAGUUAUCAGUAUAUCGUCAGGAAAUUGGACAAUGAUGAUCAAAUAGAAUAUAGUGAGAAACAGAAUCUCCCUCCAGAAGGAAUUACUCUUUCAUCUGAUUUUGUUUUAGUGACUUGUUCAAAUUUUUACGGCGUUGAUAUUUAUUCGGCAAUUCAUACGCAUGUUAGAAAUAUUGAUACUGAGAGAUCUUCAAAUCAUUCCUUCAACGUGCUUAUAUUUGGACUUGAUUCCAUGUCAAGAUUAAGUUUUAUCCGGCUUUUGCCAAAUACUUAUCAGUAUUUAAAGGAUAAUAUGAAAUCGUUUAUAUUUCGUGGCAUGAAUAAAGUUGGCGACAAUACUUUUCCUAAUCUCAUUGCCAUGUUAACAGGAAAAGAAGCUUAUGGGAAUGAAUUGCCUUCUGAAUCUAAAUUUGAUGAAUGGCCUUGUAUCUGGAAUAAUUAUUCACAGAAUAAUUAUUUAACACUUUUUAUUGAAGAUUUUCCAAAAUUUGGUCUCUUUAAUUAUCUUGCACCAGGCUUUAAAAAUCCUCCAACUGACUAUUAUUUUCGUCCAUUUUGGUUAGCUGCAGAAAAUUCUAAAAUAAACCAUAUGAGUUCUCAUUUAUGUUUUGGUCCCACUCCAAAACAUAUUGUUCAGAUGAAUUACUUGGAAGAUUUUAUCGUCAAAUAUAAUAGGAGUAAUUAUUUUGCCUUUUCCUUUCUUGCUGAGAUAAGUCAUGAAUAUUUAUCAAAAGUGGCUUCGGCUGAUCAGGAUUUUGUCAAUAUGUUAAAAAUGUUUUAUGAAAAUAAUCUUCUUGCUCGAACAAUUUUCAUUUUCAUGUCCGAUCACGGACACCGUUUUGAUGCCAUUAGAAAAACUCCUGUUGGACGGGUUGAAGAGAGAAUGCCUUUUUUCUCUAUAUUUGUUCCUGCUAUACUAGCCAAUGAACAGCCACAAGCAAUAAAAAAUUUGCAAGCAAAUACAGCUAAGUUAAUUACUCAUUAUGAUACAUAUAGUACACUGAUGGAUAUUUUACAGUAUUCAGUUAAAAGAACAAUGCUUGGUCACUCUUAUUCCAAAUUUGGUAUUUCAUUGUUUAGCAACAUUCCAUUAAAUCGGACUUGUGAAGCAGCUGGUAUUCCUGAUCAUUAUUGCACAUGUGGUAAAGAGAUUCCUCUUACUGUAGAUUUACCAAAAAUCAGGCAAGCUGCUGAUGUUAUAGUUACUAAAAUAAAUGAACUGCUAUCAGAAUUAAGGAGAAAUACUCAUUCAUGUGCUCUUUUGACAUUAAGUCAAGUAAUAAGUGCCUCAAGACUUCUUUCUCAUCCAUCAGUAUCUUCUGCCGAUAUCGAUUAUACAUUGAGCAUUAUGCUAGAAACUAAUCCAAGCAAAGGUCUGUUUGAGUCCACAGUCCGUCUGUCCAAAGAUGGCUCGUUUCAAAUACUGGGCGACAUUAGCCGUAUUAAUGAGUACGGCAAUCAAUCUUCUUGCAUUCAACAUACCAUCCUGAGAAAAUAUUGCUAUUGUGUGAAUAUAGAGCUAAUUUAAUUUUUUGAUAAAUAUUGACAUACAAAUAUUUUGUAUAUAUUGAUGUUGUGAUAAAAUAUUUGUGUACAUAAGACUUUUCUGCAUUUCUAAAUGUUGAAUAUGGCAAAAGUACAAUUUAUGGAAUAUUUUGAAAUGACAAUCAGUUUAUGCUCAAUUUUGUGCUUUGUCCUUAAAAAUCUUAAAAUUAUUCCUUUCCACUCUGCACAGAAAUUCCCUGUGCAAUUUGAUUUGUUCUGUAAAAGUAAAUACUGUUCCUCAUACUUUCAAUUCAUCAAAAUUUUUAUUCAUAUUCUAUUUUGAGAAAUGUUCCAAUUAUUCAAACAAUAUUAAAAUAAUACUCAUAAAACAGAAAUGUAUGUUAUCUAUUUUAAAUUUGAUAUCUAUUCAAUUAUUGAAUGUGUAAAAAAAAUUGCAUAGUAUUAAGUGGAAGGGAUAAUUAAUGUUUAUAGUUUUACACUAUAAUUUUUUCACAUGGUGUCUUCAGUGCCAAAAUACAAUGUUCAGCUGUAAAACUAUUGUCUGUCUAAUUUAAGUUAUCUAAUUAUAUGAAAAUAUAUUUUUCCAAUUAGUUAAAUAAUUUAUUGUAGAAAAUUUUUCUUAUAGUCAAAUUCAAAUUGUUUUGAAGUUUGAGGUUUUUUUAAUAAUAAAAUAUAGUGUUUACUGUACAAAAAUAAUCUCUGUUAUAACAUUUCUGCUUUGUACUUUAUCUAUGGAAUAUAAAUUGGAACAGUUUUUAUCCCAUAGAUAUUUUAAUUUAUUACAAAAAUUAUAUUUAAUAAUUAUAAAUUUUAAUUCACAAUACUUAGGGACCAUAAAACAUUACAAAUAUUCAAAUUAUGUAUAGCAGAUCAGAUGUAACGUUUAGUUUCAAUUAAUGGCAUGAAGGUUGCAUGUCAAUAGAACAAAAAACUAUUUACCUCAAACUUUUUUCCACUCAAAUAAUUAAACUUUAAUUUAGAAAGUAACUAACAAUAUUUUUUAAAUUAGUUUUCUAAUGUACUAUACUUUAUCAUUUUUCAUCUCAUCAGAAAGUAAGCCUUAUCAGACAUUAAUGACACUUCUUACUUAAAGAAAUCUGGUUACUUCCUUGUAUUGAUUUUCUACUGUAACUUACAGUAACAUAGCAACUAAACUAAUUUGUCUCUACUUCAUAUAACUUUAUCUUUCUAUAAAUAAUUUAAGCUAAAUGUUAUCUUAAAUUGGACAGACCAUAGUUCUGUUUUUUUAACAGACAGUAUAGUAUUGUAAGUGUAAACUAUAACUUUAUAUGUUUUUAAAUAUAGUGUGCAUUAUCAACAUACAAGAAGCAGUAUUUAUAUAUAUUAUAUACAUAUAAAUAAUGAUUCGAACAUUAUAUAUUUAAAAUUUUUGUUUUAAUUAAUAAAUAGCUUUAAUAUCUGUUUAUAAUGUGAAUAUUGAUUUUCCAUACUA